AGUUUCGCGCAGGCUGGUCUCGAACUCGUUAAUUUACGAGAUUAAACUCGGAAAUGUACGAGUUUAAUCUCAAAUUUCUUUUUUUUUUUAAUGUGGCCCUAAUCCUCCGUCGUACUAUGUAAAUAUGGUUUAUUAUUUAAAAUGUACUCGUCUGACUGAUGUAGGUCAGAAGAUAUGAAGGAAACAGACCGAAGAUAGACUUGUAGAUAAAGACUACGCCAGUGUUUAAGUCGGCGUGUGGACAAAGAAGUCAAUCCAACACGUGCGUCCAUCAAACGGCGAUGAGCGAGUGAUCUAAAGAUACUGAAACAGACUUUGUGCUCUAUAUUUUUUAUUCCGCAGCUCUCUCUCAGAGAUGAAACAGGAGUACCAGGAUCUCAUCCUGCAGGCGACUGGAGCGUCAUCCCUACGAGUCGGUGCAAACAUCCAGACUCUGUGGAGCGGCUACGGGCAGAUCGUUCGCCUCCACCUUGAGGGCUGCGACCGGCCUUCCGUGGUCGUCAAGCACGUCAAGUUUCCGGAGGAGGCCGAGCACCCGGGAGGUUGGAGCACAGAUCGCUCACACGCACGGAAAGUGAGGUCGUACCAGGUGGAGACGCACUGGUACCAGAACUAUUCCACCAGUCAGAGCUCUCGGAUCCCCGCCUGCCUGGCUGCCUGUUCCCAUGGAGACGAGAUGCUGAUCGUGCUGGAGGAUCUGGAUGUGGCUGGAUAUGAUCAGAGAAGGACCAGUGUGAAGGACAGAGAAAUAAAGUCUUGUCUCAGCUGGCUAGCCAACUUCCACGCUCUCUUCCUGGGUGUGCAACCCGAGGGUCUCUGGCCUGUCGGGACCUACUGGCACCUGCAGACACGGCCGGACGAGUUGGAGGCCAUGGACGACGCUCAGCUCAAAGCAGCAGCCGGUGAAAUUGACAUGAUACUGAACAAAUGUAGCUUUAAAACCAUCGUCCAUGGAGACGCUAAAUUAGCAAACUUUUGUUUUUCCCGGAGUGGAGGUGAUGUAGCAGCAGUGGACUUUCAGUAUGUGGGAGGGGGCUGUGGGAUGAAAGACGUCGUGUACUUUUUAGGAAGCUGCAUGGAGGAGAGGGAGUGUGAAAAGAGGGUACCGGGGUUACUGGACUACUAUUUUGCAGAAUUAAAAAAAUGUGUGAAAACAGACGUGGACUUUUCUGCUUUGGAGAAAGAGUGGAGGGACAUGUUUGCGUUCGCCUGGACAGAUUUUCAUCGUUUCCUGCUCGGAUGGAUGCCCGGACACUGGAAGAUCAACCGCUACAGCAAACAGUUGACCAAGGAGGUUCUGCACAAACUGAAACACGAUCAGAAAACAUCAGAGCACUAAAUGUUAGACAGGAACGUGUUCAAUUGGAACCUGGCGACCUGUAUACUGAAGAAUAAAUCACUCAAAAACCCAAA